AACAGAAGAGGCAGUUGAGGUCAGUAAUUUGCCAGCUAGGAAUUUUGAUUUGAUGAAUCAGGGCUUUUAAAUCUAUGGAUGGGAUCAAGAGGUUGGCAGCACCACCAGGAUGCCAAAUCCCAGUCACUGAAAUGGCAAAUAAAGUUCGAUCCACCAAAUGUUGAUGGAGGUUUAUAAAGCAGACCUCAUGCCUUAGUUUGACUGUUUCUCUUCUUCAGGACUGUUUUCCAGGGCUUCCAUCAAAAUGAGUAAGAUUAUCUUUUACGAGGAGAGAAACUUCCAGGGUCACUCAUAUGAGUGCGACACAGACUGCCCAGAUAUGAACCCUCAUUUCAGUCAAUGCAACUCUAUCAGAGUGAAGAGUGGCUGUUGGGUUCUGUAUGAGAAACCCAACUACUCCGGUUUCCAAUAUGUGCUAACCAGAGGGGAGUACCCUGACUAUCAGCACUGGAUGGGCUACAAUGACACUAUUCGUUCCUGCCGUACCUUUACUUAUCCAAGUGGUGGAUCAUACCGCAUCCGGAUCUAUGAUCGGCCAGAUUUCCAAGGUCAGAUGAUGGAAUUCAAUGAUGACUGUGAGUCAGUUCAUGGAAGUUUCCAGUGCCGCAGUGUUCACUCUUGCAAUGUCAUGGAGGGCUACUGGACCUUCUAUGAGCAUCCCAGUUUUCGCGGCCAUCGGUUUUUCAUGCCGCCUGGCGAGUACCGCAAGUUCAGCGAUUGGGGCGCCAUGUGUGCCACUAUCGGCUCCUUCCGCAGAAUCACUGAUUUUUAGAAACCACAUUAUUAAAAUAUUUGUGCCUUUCCUGGCAUUGAUUUGUCAAUAAAAUGUCACAAAAC